AUGAAGUCUGCCGUUCUCGUCGCCGCCCUUUUGGGUUCUUUUGCAACUGUCCCCGUGCUGGCUCAGUCACCUCACCACGAUAUCAAUGCCACCCUCUUCCAAAUUAUCCAGCCCAGCACCGAACUCAAGUGGUACGACUGCUAUACCGUCUUCAAGUGCGCGCGGUUGACUGUCCACGCCAAAAUCCAGGAUCACCGCAACCCGAAGAAGGUCAAGGGCGGGUGCGGCGAGCCAACUGUUGAUCUCGCCAUCGUCAAGCUCCCCUACGUCGCUCCGCCCGGCGGCCCUCCUCACCAGGGCGCCGUCCACGUCUCCCUCGGAGGAUGGAGCUCAUCGUCGACCAACUUUCUGGUCCGUUUCGGCGAGGACUACGCGCCCCUUUUCGUUGGCUAUGAUCUCCUAGCCAUUGACUAUCGCGGAUGGGGCUGGACAACACCAUCAUUCCGCUGCUUCGCCACCGAAGACGAGCGUCAAAAGUUCGCCCUCUCCGAGCCGCAGCUCCUCGGUGCCGACAAAUCAGCGUAUGACGUUCGCGCCGCCCGCGCAGAGGACUUGGCCAAGAGGUGCAAGAAGAACGGCGGGGACGUCGCCCGGUUCAUGGGCACGUAUUCCAACGCCGUCGACCACUACACCGUCAUGAAGGCCGAUAACCGCACCAAGCUCGGUUUCUGGGGUGUCUCGUCCGGCGCACACCUGGGGCAGACCAUCGCGCAGCUGUACCCCGAAGCGGUAGACAAGUUCCUCUUCGACAGCCCUUCGCCUUCCUCGUACGCGUAUACCGUCACCCAAGCCCAGCCUUCCGUGAUCAAGGACGCGGAGCGCGGCCUCGAGGCUUUCUUCUACACGUGCCUCAAAGCCGGUUCGGCAACCUGCGCUUUCGCCGGCAGUUCCGAUACCACAAAGAGCCUACGCUCACGCUACGACUCAAUCGACGCCAAACUGAAAAAGCAGCCGAUCACCGUCGCGGGCCAGGCCAAGAAGUUCGACUGGUCCGCCCUGCACAACUUGGUGUCCAUCGCCCUUCACGGCCCGGGCUUGUUCCCGCUCCUCGCGGGGGUCCUCGCGGAGACGGAAUCGGGGAAACCGGGACAGGCGAUCACGUACGCCAUGACCAGCGUCCUCAACGCGGCCCCGGAGCCGCUUCCCCUCCUCACGGAAAACCCCGCGUUCGAAGGGAUCCUCGCCGGCGCGUGCCUGGACGAGUCCCGACACGUCAAGAACGAGAAGGAGUUCCAGGCGUAUUUCAAAGCCAUGACGGACGCCGCGCCGAGCGUGGCCCCCAUCUUCGCGGAGUGGCGUCUCGUCUGCUCAAAGUGGAAGAUCGACCCCGUCAACAAGCUACUGGACGACGUCUCAGGCAGACCGGUCAAGACGCAGGGCAAGAUUGUCGUGCUCAACGGCGUCGGAGACCCCGCGAGCAGCGUCGACUCGGCGAGGGCCAUCGCCGCGCGCUUCUCGACGGGCGUCUUCGUGAAGAACCUCGCGGCGGGACACACUAGUUUCGCGGCCGCGAGUAAUUGUCUGUUUGGCUUGUUUUACACGUUUUUCGUGCUCGGGAUGAUGCCGGCCGAGGGCCAUACUUGCGGCGACAUUUUCGCGCCGGCUUUCGGUUCCGUGCAGAUUCCGGCUACUUUCUAG